AUGGACAAGUCCUCGAAGACUCACGAGACCCAGGUCUAUCCAGACGACAUCCCAGAUGGCGGGGCUGUCGUUGGCGAGAAGGAUGGCACCAUGGACGACGUCAAGGAUAUGCAGCGGAUGGGUAAAGAGCAACAAUUUAGGCGGAACUUUGGGUUUCUCUCGAUCAUGGGGUUUGCUAUGAUCCUGAUGAGCACGUGGGAAAGCCAACUGGGUACUGCUGGGUUCGCCUUGGGUAACGGUGGCACUGCCGGUAUCGUGUACAUGUACAUUGCAUGUGCCAUUGGCAUGUCCUUGAACAUCGUUUCCAUGGCUGAAAUGGCCAGUAUGGCUCCCACAGCGGGUGGACAAUACCACUGGGUGUCUGAGUUCGCACCGCGUCGAGCUCAAAAGUUCAUUUCUUAUUUUAUCGGUUGGGUGUGCGUCCUCGGGUGGCAGGCUGGAUCGGCUUCCAGUGUUUUCCUGGCCGCCACCGAAAUCCAAGGCCUCCUUGUCCUCAAUUACGACAGCUAUGUCUACAAAUAUUGGCACGGCACUCUUCUCACCAUUGCCAUCACUCUGGUUUGUGGAUUCUUCAACACUGUCUUGGCCAAAAGACUCCCUCUUGUGGAAGGCCUCGUCUUGUUCUUGCAUAUCGCCGGGUUUUUUGGUAUCCUAGUCCCCCUGUGGGUUCUAGCUCCUCGAACACCGUCAAAGCAGGUCUGGACUGUCUUCGAAGACGCCAAUGGCUGGGGAAACAUCGGUCUAGCUUGCUUGGUGGGCAUGAACAGCCCGGUCCUCUCGCUGCUCGGUGCGGAUGCUGCCACCCACAUGUCUGAAGAAUUGAAGAACGCAAGCAAGAUCCUUCCACGAGCCAUGGUUUUCACGGCUAUCUUCAAUGGAGCAUUAGGUUUCAUCAUGGUCAUCACCUUCUGCUACACCGUCGGAAAUGUCGAGCAAGUUCUGUCCACGCCUACCGGCUACCCUUUCAUCCAGGUCUUUUACAAUGCUACCCAGUCCAAGGGUGGCGCCACAGCGAUGGUGUCUAUCAUGAUUGCUCUCAGCACGUUUGGUGCAAUGACGAACAUGGCGACCGGCUCCCGACAAAUCUUCGCCUUCGCUCGUGAUCGAGGGGUGCCUUUCAGCAGUUGGUUUGCUCACGUUCCGGAGGGCUGGGACAUUCCUCUCAACGGCGUCAUAUUUACCGUUGCUGUCUCUUGCCUUCUGUCGCUCAUCAACAUCGGCUCACAAAUCGCAUUCAACCAACUCACCUCCCUCGGUCUGUGCGCGCUCCUGUCUUCCUAUAUCGUGUCCAUCAGCUGCAUGGCACUCAAACGCAUCCGCAGAGAACGGCUCUUGCCAUCCAAGUUUUCGCUCGGCCGUUACGGUCUGGCAAUCAACCUGCUGUCGGUCGGCUUCCUAUUGUUGGCGUUUGUCAUGAUCUUCUUCCCGCCUGGCCCGAAUCCUACCCCACAGACCAUGAACUGGGCCGUUCUUGUCUACGGAGGCGUUGUCAUCUUUUCUCUCACAUACUACGUCUUCCGCGGACGGUUCAGAUAUGCUGGCCCCGUCGAAUACGUCAGAAAGAUGGUUUAA